AUGGCAGUCAGUAAGCCUUCCAAACUGAGGAAGACCCGGAAGCUGAGGGGUCAUGUCAGCCAUGGCCACGGCCGUAUCGGCAAACACAGGAAGCAUCCUGGAGGUCGUGGUAAUGCUGGGGGUAUGCACCACCACAGAAUUAAUUUUGACAAAUACCAUCCUGGUUAUUUUGGAAAAGUUGGUAUGAGACAUUACCACUUGAAGAAGAACCAACACUUCUGCCCUACAGUCAAUCUGGAUAAACUCUGGACUCUUGUUAGUGAGCAGACAAGGCUCAACUAUGCCAAAAACCAGUCUGGAUUAGCUCCUGUUAUAGAUGUUGUGCGCUCAGGCUACUACAAAGUUCUGGGCAAGGGGAAGCUGCCCAAACAGCCUGUAAUUGUGAAAGCUAAAUUCUUCAGCAGAAAAGCCGAAGAGAAAAUCAAAGAAGUUGGUGGCGCCUGUGUGCUAGUAGCAUAAAUGAUUUUUCCAUGUAUUCAGGCAUG